CUGUGAAAGGGAAAGAAAACAGCCUCUUUGUGCCGAGCUUCACCUGCUGACGAGCCUCUUUCAUGCGUCUCCCUGUGCCGGACUCCCACAUCAGAAUGAACUGUGAGCAGGACUUCGGAGAAGGGGGCAUGAACGUGACGCUCACACUGAGACUGCUCAUGCACGGAAAGGAGGUUGGCAGCAUCAUUGGGAAGAAAGGAGAAACUGUGAAGAGAAUACGAGAGGAGAGCAGCGCGCGCAUCAACAUCUCAGAGGGAUCCUGUCCCGAGAGAAUCAUCACCAUCACUGGCCCAACAGACUGCGUCUUCCGAGCCUUCACUAUGAUCACACUAAAACUGGAAGAGGAUCUCACAACCCUGGUAGCCAAUGGCACGGUCACCACUAAACCCCCGGUCACCCUGCGGCUGGUCAUUCCUGCUAGCCAAUGUGGCUCUCUCAUCGGCAAAGGGGGCUCCAAAAUCAAGGAGAUCAGAGAGAGCACAGGGGCACAAGUACAAGUAGCAGGGGACUUGCUGCCCAACUCCACUGAGCGAGGGGUGACGAUAUCUGGGACUCAAGACGCCAUUAUCCAAUGUGUCAAGCUUAUCUGCACUGUCAUCCUGGAGUCUCCUCCAAAGGGUGCCACUAUUCCAUAUCGUCCCAGCCCGUCCCCCGGAGCCGUCCUUCUCUCUGGGAAUCAGGUUUUCGAGGCCUCUGAGUUUGGGUCACACCCUCUUUUCUCAGUGGCUCAGGGAGGUCUGGAUCUGCAACAAGCCUACACUGUACAGAACCAAUAUGGCAUUCCACAUUCAGAGUUGGCCAAGCUUCACCAGUUGUCCAUGCAGCAGGGCCUAGCUCCCAUGGCUCAGCCAGCCACCCCUGUCCUGCCUGCAGGAAUAGAGACCAACUCCCAGACCACAUCCCAGGAGCUCCUCAUUCCAAAUGACCUGAUUGGCUCAAUCAUCGGCAGGCAGGGCACCAAGAUCAAUGAGAUUCGCCAGGUUUCUGGGGCACAGAUCAAGAUCGGCAGUCAGCUGGACAGUACUAGUGACCGGCACGUCACCAUCACUGGCUCUCCCAUCAGCAUCAACCUCGCCCAGUACCUCAUCACCUCCUGUUUAGAGACCGCCAAAUCCACUGCCCAGUCCUCCUCCAUGUCGACCCCUGUUGACCUCAACAUGAGCUUCACCCAGCCCGCCUCCCCCGCCUCGUCCUCCGCCGCAGCCCUGGCAGCGAUGGGCGGCCUGCCCCAUGCUCCCAUGCUGGGUGCUCCCUAUGCCCUCCCCCUCUCCAGCCUCCUGGGAAUGAAAUCCGUCCCCUUCCUGGCGCUCUCCACCCCCGCUGCCACAGCCGCAGCUGCUGCAGCCGCCCCCGCCCAUGGGACCCUGGCCUCCUACACCGCAAAAAUCUCCUCCACCAAUGGGAUCAAGAAACCCGAGAGACAGAAGUUUGCACCUUACUGAUGUCCCACCUCCCAGCUCCCUCUUCUCUCCCGAGACAAGACAAGGGAAGGGCAUCUUCUUGUGUUCUCCCCUCUUGCCUGAUGUAGCCGUAUAGUAAAGAGACUGUAUACAUUUUUGUUUUGUAGCUUGUCCUUUAACCACGAAGAAACCAGGAGGACGUUGGCUUAUAUAGAUAGUUAUAUUUAUGUUAUUUGCCAAGAUAGCCUCUUUAAGCCAUAGACUGUUCCCUCUUCCCUGAUCUCUCCCCUGCCCAUCCCUCUAUCUACUGUCCGCAAUUAUUUAUUGAAGAUAAAAAAAAAUA